CACGAACAUCGACCACUACAACCAUGGUCCUCGAUCACAAGAACGGAGACGCUGGGGCACCACCUAUGCGGGUGUUGAAGAAAUCUUUUACAGAUGACUUUUACUCUACUUUCAGCUCCCCGCUGGCCUGGAUCUUGGUUCUGGCUCUUAUCAUUACUUGGUCUUGUGUGUUCGUCAUUAUGUUUGAUCUAAUGGACUACAAGACCAUUUCAGGAGGCCUCAGCAAGAUCAGCUCAGACCCCAUGAAGGCGGUAAACGAUGCCGUGGAUGAAUCAUCAAACAUAAUCACAGGAAUAGUGAAAUUUGCUGCCAACUUAAUUGCUCCAGAAGAAGAAGGAGAUGAAGGAGAGGAAGAGGAGUAUGGAGAUGAAUAUGAGGAAGAGGAGGAGUAUGAUGAGGAGUAUGGAGAUGAAUAUGAUGAAGAGGAGGAAUAUGAGGAGGAAGAAGAAGUAGAUGAGGAGGAGGAGGGGGAGGAGGAAGAGGCCAAAGGAGACGAAGAGCAGGAAGGCGAAGAACUGGAGGAUGAGGAAGAGGAGGAAGGCGAAGAACUGGAGGAUGAGGAAGAAGAGGAGGGGGAGGAGGAAGAGGCCAAAGGAGAUGAAGAGCAGGAAG